AUGAACUUGCCAAAUGACAAUCAGUGGGACGAAACCAUCUGCAGCUCAGCAAUGUGUCAACAUCCACAAUGCUGGGCAUCUCUCCGACGGAUUGAGAGGGGCCACCCUAGGAUCCUGGACUCAUCUAGCAAAUUUCCCCGGGAAAUUGAAGAUAAACUCCCAACACUCACCAUUGUAAAUAUCAUGGACACCUGCUUAUGGACCAAGAAUAGGGUGGUUCAUCGACAAUCAUCAGAAUUUACCUUCCCUAAGGAGCGGCAUUUAUUGUCGAAACCAGCUCCCAGGUGUCAUUACAGGUCUCGGAAGGUUUUAUAUGACAAAGGUGUGACCAGCCAUUCUAGACCUCCCAAACUUUCGGUGUUGAAUUUGAACGAGGCAAAACUUCCAUUCUCCGAAGAUGUCAGGAACAUGGUGGUAACCUGGGUUCCAGAAGAUACAGAGAAGAACAUGAGCUCAGUUGGAAAGACGGCUGCUUUUUCCAGAUGGCCUGGGAAGAAGAGAAAGAAACUGAGAGAGAAAACCAAGCCAUCUCUAUAUUUCUCUGGAAGGCAGUAUGCAGUGACACACUCGACAAGUCCAGGGGUGAUUGUGCCUCCUCCUUCCCCAGUGCACUUAUUUGGACAGUUAAAUUCUGAAGGCAUACCUUUAUGGACCCAAGUUGGCAUGCUUCCCCAGGAUCUCCUGAAGGAGUGCAUUUUGGCACAUGAGAAAACCAUGACUUGUCCUGAGGUGAAGAUAGAGUUGGCCAAGAUGAGGCAGAAUCUUCCCCUGGAAAAAACCCGACCCGACAGUGCUAUCUCGUCUAAGAUGUAUCUAACUGUACACCGCCUCACCCUGCAAAGACCAUCAUUGCGGUACCCUGAACAUCUGCGGAAGCUGCAGUACAGCCUGAAGACACCUUCUGGGCCUGAACCUUCAGGUCACAGAAGACCAUCAGAACAGGAAAGUAAGCAAAAGCUGGAGGAGCAGGAAGAGGAGGAGAAAAAAGCCAUCGAGAAACAUGUUUCCACCGAUGACUCAGUCCUAUAUGACUUCGACAAUUACUACACAGACUACUCCACCAGUCCAGAGAGUCCUCUAUUAUAUGAGCCAACUUACGAGGACUCAAGUGAUGUGGAUGAGACAAUGUUGGGAAUGACGACUUACAGCCAAGAAAGUAGCCCCAGGAGUAUUUCUGGAAGUAUGGACACAACCAGAUGGAACCCUGAGCUGAAACUGCUGAGGAUUCUUCAGGCCAGUGUUGAGGAAGAUGAGGAGAAACCUCUUUCUAGGACACAGAGUGAGGUGUCUCUGGAUGCUUAGGCUAGAAAUGUCACACAGGGCAGCCUUAGCCAGAGCAGUUCUUGGUAUCCGGAGGACAAUGACCUUGGAUGUUGGAUAGAAAAGGGAUACUUUUGUUCUCUGGAUUCCUCCAGCAGGACCAGGGAUUAAAGCCCUGCUUUCAUUUGCUUCUUACCUCCAAAAUGAGUGAGAAAAAGCCUCAACCCUGCCAAAUAUAGGAAACUUUUCCAGGGCAGAGUAUUUCCAUGAUUAAACACAAUCCCUUCAGGAGGUAGCAGUUCUUUGUGUCUAUUUUCUGGGUCUCCUUUAUCUCUCUUCUGAAAUCUUUGUAGUGGUAGGAAGUUGCAUUCAGCUAUGGGAACCUCUACACUAUCCCUAACUGCUCCUCUCAUUCCCUGGAGAUGGCUUCCUUUGGUGAUGGGGUCUUCACCGUUAUCAAGUGGCAAUCACUGUGUGGUCCUCCCUCCUUAAAGUUCAUCUUAUCUACACAUAACUCAGUGUGUAUCUCUAAAAGAAAAGCACUAAAAUCUAAAAACUAUUUAAUCCCACAGAAUGAAUACUGACUGCUUGACUUCACAUAUCC